AUGAUACCCACAUCCGGCUUGAAUGACAAACAAAACAGUUCAAAUAAUAUAUUUCGUAUCAAGCGAAAAUCGAAAAAAAUCAGACAAGAACAUCUUAAACUAGAACUCACAGAAACAACACAAAGUGUGAACGAAAACUUACUAACUGGUGACGCAUCGAUGCCUUUACGAAAUACUUCAACGACGCAUCACAAAAAUCGAAUAUCUAUUGAAUCCAUUCGUUUAUGGUUUCGUUUAUUUGUUGCAAAUGAUCUAACUAUCCUCUGUGUUCUAUUCUUAUGGUUUGCCAUAAAUAUAGCUUUGUUUAUUGGACAGUUCUUGAAUUAUCAUCACUCUCGACCAUACUAUUAUUUACGUGCGUUAAUAUCUGAUGGCUUAAGUGUUGCACGAGCAGCAGCACUCUGUUUAAAUUUCAAUUGCUUUUUAAUUCUUCUACCUGUCUGUCGGAAUUUACUUUCAUUCAUACGAAUUAUUUUGCCGCAUUGCAUAGCAAAAACAAGGUUUCGUCGUGUUACAAAACGUCUAUUUGAUCAAAAUAUCGGUUUUCAUCGAUGUGUUGGCUAUGCAAUAUGUUUCUGGUCUAUAAUACAUGUCGGAGCACAUGUUUAUAAUUAUGA